AUGCAGGAGAGCGUGGAAUUGAGGUGGAACGGGGGCCCAAAGCGGGCAAAGGCGCGACAGAUACCCGACCAAGUAUGGAACGAAUUCGAGACGGACAUUCGGGAAAUGUACGGCGAGAUGACGGUUGAAGAGCUAGCUUCGAGCAUGAGACGCACUCAUGGAUUUGAGGCAACUCUACGCCAGUAUACGGCCCGACUAGAGCUCUGGGGACUCAAAAAGUACAAGACCAAGAAGGCAUCUUUCGCACUCGGGACAGUCGAGACCGGUCAAGAAACAACACCUUUCGAACACCACGAUACUAGGCAAACAACUUUCGAUGACGUUGGAGCUGACUCAAAGCGACGAAGGAGCACACCGAGCACCGAAACCUACGAUACAGAAGAUAUACUGUCGGAAAUGACGACUGCAAAGAGGCUCAAAACGGACCCUCGGCCACAACUUCCACACCGCGUCCGUAGUCAUACAUCGUCAGGAGGCUGCUAUCCUAUGCUUGUCGACGCCGAGCCAGCAAAGUCCAGUGGCGCAAAAGGCUCUUCUGAUCCUAUAGACAUCACUCGUAACCACUCAUUACGGAGUCAAUCAUCCAAUUCUUUGCAGAAUGAGACAUUUUGCCCCUUGUCUGAAAGGAUUGUGGAGUCCAUACUGACACAGCCGGCCCCUGAAAACCAGUCAUUUGCCCUGAGCAUCACUCUUGACUUCUGCUCCAAGGUGGCAAAGAAAAUCGGGAGCUUUCGCCGACCGCGCUAUGGUCCUAUGCUAUCGUUUGCCAUUGAAAAUCGACUAAAGAUUAUCGCCGAGUACUUGUUCGCCAGCGGCAAGUUUGAGGAUGCCGCUAAUCUGUCCUCGAUCAUUUUUGUAAGCGAAGUGCUGCGAGGCGCGUUUCGCGACGACUUCUACACGUCGCCGUCCUUGAUAUUGUGCGCUCGGUCGGCGAGGUCACAGUUUGACUGCAGAUUUAUACAGAGAAUCUUGUCCGAAGUAGUCAGCCGUUUGCGGUAUCGAGUGACUCGGCCAUCAGCUGAGCAGUUCUUGGCCCACGCUUUCUUAGCAAACUUGUUUUCACGGCAACGCAAACAUUCGGAGAGCGGCCACCACCUUGGACAGGCUCGAUCUUUUGCAAAUAAGCUUGUUGACAAUGGCGAUCUUCUCCACAGCCACUUGUCUGAUGUGCUGGUCUACGUCUAUUACAAACGGUUCUGUCACCUUGAUCACACCUUCAUUCCAGGAUACAAGGACCCGUUUGUCGCCACGGGCUCAACGUCCCAAAAAGGGCCGGCAAUCAGCCAUUCGGACUUUCUCGGAUUCUGUUCCGCGAUGAAACGACAAGGUUUUGCGGUGCGUGAUUCCCAUGCGAGCACCGUAACGCGCUAUCUCAGAGAGAGCCUCGGCUGGUGCCAAGGAGUCAUUGCCUGGCAGGAGUCUUGUCCUGAAAAACUCACCAGCAAUUCUGGCGAAUCGACCACCUUUGUGAGCCUCUGGCAGAUGUGGCAUGGAGCCUUUGUUCCUGCCCUGGCCCCCUCAUCCUGGCUGAUCCAAGCACAAGAAUAUCUUGGAGUUCCACUGGCGGAGCAUCUGUACGUAUGCUCCGAAGUGCUCGAGAUGACUCGGGUCGAGGACGACAAUCUCAUUACGCAUUACCUUCGCAGGCUUUACGAACGGACGGAAAUGCCUCAGGAGCCCGUCGCUUGUGUCCAGGAACCUUGGGGGCUAUAUGAGAGGACAAAGAAACCUCACGAGUCUCUGGGUGUUGCUAUUCGCAGGCUUUGCGAAAGAGAAGACAUACAACAGCAGUCUUCUUCCAACACCGUAUCAAAGCAACCCUCCUUGGAGAAGUCGUCGGGUCCCGGUCAGAGACCUCAAAGCCUUGCGCCGACCAUAGCGCCGUCUCUCCGGUCCGCCGACUCAUCCUACAGACGGCUACAUGAGGUUUCACUGGCCAUGAAAAGGCACACAAGGAGCAUACCUCAAGACCACAACGCAAGCGCACUCCCGUCUCCUGGCCUAUCAAUAUCAUCGUACGGGUCCAAUUUCUCAAUGGGUCAAUUGAGUGACAUGUUUGAGAAAUCCUGCAGUGUGAGUCUGUCCAGUGCGACGCAAGGCCACCACGGUCCAGACCCGCUGCGCGAAUCUGAAAUCAUGUUUGUCGAUAGCACUACCAAGGUGCAUUUGGUCGGUCCUGGUUCCCCUGUUCGAAUUCCCUUUAUCCCUCCCCCGUUAUGGUGA